CCGAAGCUGUUGAUUUGCCCGUGACACCCAGGACCAACGCCUCGGCCAUGGAUUCAGACGAUGAGUUUAACAGCUCCUUGAGCGGCGAUGAGUUCCUGGACGACCAGGACAGCGACAUGGACCUGGAAGAGGUAGACUCCGACUUCGACAUGGAGCAAGACGACGUGGGCUUCGAGUCGCAGGACAAGGACAUCAAGCCCAGCAAGCACGCCUGCGAAGUCGACUUCAAGGUCUUCGACCCCGCGCAGAUCCAGGCACAGCAGGACAAGCAGGUCGACGAGGUCUCGAGAGUGCUCAGCCAACCGCCCGAGGCUACGGCCAUCCUCCUCCGACAUCUGCGAUGGAACAAGGAGCGCCUGAUCGACCAGUACAUGGAGAAAACAGAGGAGGUCAUGGAGGCGGCAGGGCUGGGCCAGGACGCCACAACCAACCCACCGAGACUGCAGACGGUUAAGGGCUUUUGCUGCGACAUUUGCUGCAACGACAGCCCCAACAUGAAUACGUUUGCGAUGAAGUGCGACCACCGGUUUUGUGUCGACUGCUACCGGCAGUAUCUGCAGACCAAGAUUCAAAACGAGGGCGAGGCAGCGAGGAUACGAUGUCCUGGCGAGGGCUGCACACGCAUCGUGGACUCAAAGUCGCUGGACCUGUUGGUUACAGACGAGCUUCAAGGAAGAUAUAACACACUCCUCACACGAACGUACGUCGACGACAAAGAAAACCUCCGCUGGUGCCCUGCGCCCGACUGCAAAUACGCCGUUCAAUGCCAGGUCAAGGACAAGGAUCUCGACAAGAUUGUGCCUACUGUACACUGUGACUGCGGGUCCUACUUCUGCUUUGGUUGCUCGCUCAACGACCACCAGCCCGCACCAUGCGCGCUGGUCAAGAAAUGGAUGAAGAAGUGCGCAGACGACUCAGAGACGGCGAACUGGAUUUCAGCAAACACAAAGGAAUGCCCACGGUGCAACUCGACCAUAGAAAAGAACGGAGGUUGCAACCACAUGACGUGCAGGAAAUGCCGACACGAGUUCUGCUGGAUGUGCAUGGGCGUCUGGUCCGAACACGGCACCAGCUGGUACAACUGCAACCGAUUCGAGGAGAAGAGCGGUUCGGAAGCUAGAGGAGCCCAGGCAAAAUCUCGAGCGUCGCUCGAGCGAUACCUGCAUUACUACAACCGCUACGCCAACCACGAGCAAUCGGCCAAGCUGGACAAGGACAUCUACCUGAAGACGGAGAAGAAGAUGCAACAGCUGCAGAACACAACUGGCAUGUCUUGGAUCGAAGUACAGUUCCUAGACCAGGCGUCACAGGCCCUCCAGCAGUGUCGUCAGGUUCUCAAAUGGACAUAUGCCUUUGCGUACUAUCUCGCGCGAAACAACCUUACAGAAAUCUUCGAGGACAACCAGAAGGAUCUUGAGAUGGCUGUGGAAAACUUGAGCGAAAUGUUUGAGAAGCCGAUUGAUCAGCUCAAGGGGUUGAAGGUGGAGAUGAUGGACAAGACAAGCUAUUGCACUAAGCGUCGUAUCAUCUUGCUCGACGAUACGGCCGCAAAUCUCAAAGAAGGCAACUGGGAAUUCAACGUAGCGUUAGCAUGAGUGUCGAACCAAGGACAACAUGGCCGCGACACGGCUUGGUCGGCAACGCCCUCCGGGCGAGGCAGCAGCAGUAGCCACCCAGCAACAAAAGAAGUCGUCGUGUUUUGCGGGACUUCAAGGAACCCCACGCUUGGUCGUGACUUUGUAAGCGCCUCCCCUCCCCGAUUAUGUUAUGUUCUGCAUGGUUUCUGGCGCGGAUUUGUUUGACGGGCUAUUGGGGGCGAUUCUAUUCAUUUGCAUGGCGUUCUUCUUUUUCUUUCUCGGGCUUUGGGGGCGUCUGCUGUGUUCAGUUAGCGAGUCGGGUAUGCUACUCUUCUUUACGAUGGAUUUGGGAUGUGACUGGACUGGGCUGGGCUGGAGAUGACGGGAAGGAAAUGGAAUG